CACACCCUCUAUCUGCAGCCUGCCUCUGUUUCGUGUUCAGACAACUUCUUGUCUGUGUCUCUGUCAGCUGGGAGUCAGCAGCUGCUCCAAGCAACACAAAUGGAGGUGGGAUAUUUUAGGGGCAGUCCGGAGGAUUUCCUAAACGGUCACUUUCUAAAUGCUCCGCAGAAACUCUGUGAAGGGAUGGACUCGCCAGAGUUUUCCUUGCUGUCCUCAAUGAGGGGGGAGUUUAAAUCUGAGCUCUACGUUCAGCCUCAUUACAAAGAGGCAUAUCGCCUGGCCAUUGAUCGCCUGGUGGAAGAAGGCAGAGAGGCUUACCAUGAUGUCCUCAAAGCAGAAAGAAUCGGGAACAUCCUGUCUGAUGAGGAAAUCUUUUUCAUCACCACAAACGCAGAACAGUUGGUACCUCAAACCAGCAUAGAGGAGAAGAACUGUCCAGCAGACAAGCAAUCCUCCUCGGGGACAUAUUGGCCUGUGAAAUCAGACGCGGAAACACCAAAUUUAGAAUUGGGAUGGCCAGAUUUCUUGGAUGAGAAAAUUCCGACUAAAAUAGAUUUGCUCUUCCAUCCACCGAGACCAAACAACCCAACCAUAAAAGAGGUGAUCCGGAAGCACAUUCAGGAUGCAAGACAGGUCAUUGCUCUCGUGAUGGACGCAUUCACCGAUGUGGAUAUUUUCAAAGAAGCCGUUGAUGCUUCCAUACAAGGAGUUGCAGUCUAUGUGCUUUUGGAUCAUUCCCAUCUGAAAAGUUUCCUCUCAAUGGCAGAAAGUUUGGACAUCAAAGUUCAACAACUCCGGUAUAUGAGAGUGCGCACCGUGAAAGGCCAGGAUUACCUCUGUCGCUCAGGAGCUAAAUUUCAUGGAGCACUGGAGCAGAAGUUUCUUUUGGUAGACUGCCACAUUGCAAUUUACGGCUCCUACAGUUAUACCUGGUCAUUUGAGAAGAUCAAUCAGAGCAUGGUUCAGGUCAUCAGAGGACACCUUGUCAAGUCCUACGAUGAGGAGUUUCGAAUUCUCUACGCCAGGUCGACUGUGCCAGCAGAGCUGUCUUCUCCGGAGGGUUGGUCUGUGCAGAAUGACUUAAUUGGACAGCCGAUUCUGACUAAGUUAAUUGGUCGUCACGACCAACUCAGGUUCUCUUUCGACACAGCCUAUCAGAGAACCAAUGAGAGGAAUUUUCUUAUGCGAGAUCUAGAGGAUAGGCCUUUUGAUAAGGAAAAUAAUAUUAGGAAUGGAAUUACUGUUCAUGGUCACAAGCCCCAAUUUCCUUAUUUUGAUUCUGAGGACUCCAUGAACAAUAACAAAAGGCACAGCUAUGCAGGGGAAAGAGGAGAUGGGUACCUGUCCCAGCACCUGAAACUCAGAGGAAGCAACUGGAAUGUUGGAGAUGGAAAAAACGGCCAGAUCAACCACUCCAAGAACAAUUAUCUGCAAGUACCUCAAAAGUACAGAGGCCAGAGCAUGAAACAAGUCCCCUUCAUGCAGCAAAACAAGUCCCCUUUGCAAAAUGUUUCCAAGUCUUUAAUGCAAACAAGGAGGAUAGAAACGUAUCUCAACAACUCCGACACCCCAUUUGCAGAGCCUUGUGACUAUUUAGACCAGUUUGGAGAACUCGAUAAAGGUGGUUCCUUUAUGCAGGGAAGAAUAAGGAACUCUCUUGCUUUGGGGCCCACCUUACCAGAACAAAUGGGGCUCCCCAGAUUCACAAACACCUCCAGAGGUGUUGGUCCCCUUGCAACACCUAAAACACAUUUGCACCACUCGUCGAUGAAGUGGAAUCCAGAGGAAGCAGAGAAAAGAGUAAAUUCUGAGGAUUUCAUGGCAAAGCAACAAAGUCAGCAGAUUAUAGAUGACUUUUCUCCUAAUUCAGGCCUUGGUCCAGGAAAAAACUCUUACGCCAGCUUAGGCAGAACUCAACAAAUACUCACAAACCCUGAGUAUCUGACAGACAACUGGUACAAAAGGCACAGUGUGGCAGAUCCACGAUCAAACACUGAGCCUGCAUGUGAAUCUCCAGAUGAGUUGUACGGCUCUUUCGAAAGCACACCUGUGAGCAGAAGCACUGCAGCCAUAAACACUCAGAGCAAAGCCUACAGAUCCAGUCUGAAAGAAGACCAAAGGUCCAUCUCCCAUUACGACGUUAAGAGUGUAACAAACACAAAGAGCUCCAACUCUCAAAUCUGGAAGGAACCUCUGUCCAGAACGCUGUCUGCUGCAGCCCUGGGGCACAAAAACUCCAUCGACAGACCCAACAAUGCCAGCUCUCCAGAGAAGAAGCGGAACUGGAAAAUCAAAUCUUUGUUGAACAUACCUGAGAGAAAGGCAGAUCCAGUUGACAGCAUGAAAACACCAAGUGUCACUUCAGGUGAUAGCACAGACACGUUGACAGCGGAGGAGGAGGAAAGGAUAAGUUGCAGAGGGAAAAAUCUUCACCAAACCAUGAGCAGCUCUGUCAAAGCCUCCGGAAACUACAAGAACAGUGGGGAGGAAGAUAAUCCCAAGUUUUCAAAACCCCGAUUUGUAACGGAGGAAAACCCAAGUCCAUCCCAAAGUGCCUUCGACAAAACUACGGCUCCGAAGAAAACCUCUGCUCCUGACAGAAGCUUGAGGCUGGGCUCAGAGAACCGCCUGUACAGCAGAUUUGAACCAUUCUGCUCAUUAGAAAAGAAACUUCCAAACUCUCAGGGAAAGAGCAAGAGCUUUUCCAAAGCCGAUGUUGAACACAGCGUCAUUCGGGUUACAAAAGCGCACCAUGAAAACAAGCUGGAGAAACUGUUUCACAGAAUGGGAAGUUUAUUACACAAGAACAAGUAAUAUUCACACAAAUGCACAUUCUGCUGGUGACAUGUCACAGUGUGUUCCAGCAGUCCAAAUGCACUGACUUUGCAAAAGAUGUUUACACUUUUAAUAGACUUUUUUAUUUUAUUUUUUGCACUCAGAUACACAAGGAAUGUACAGGAAUGAUGAGAAAGCUUUAUUCAAACAUGAAAAUGAUGUACAAACUUCCUUUUGUUGUGAACUUCAACCAUAAAUCAAACACCUCCAAACAAAGCAGCAGUAUGCCAUAACAGUUAAAAAAAGCCAUGCAGGAACCUGAUUUUUUAACUGUGGGUGUGAAGGCGGGACAUACCAAAGUGUCGCCACUUUAGAAACUGUGUGCUUAACUCUUGACAGCCACUCAAGGUAAAGAUGAUAACACAAAUACCUUCAGUAUACAAGCUGACAUUACCCACGUCUGUGAACACACCUGAUUGCAUCCUUCUGGUUGUUUUUUUGGAAAGAUUUAAAGACAAAUAGCCGACAGCAGUUUAAAAAAAAAUGAAACGUAUUUUUGAAGCAGCUCAGUUUCCUGUGAGAAAAAGGGUUAAAAUACUUCAUCACAUUUGCACUUUAGCUAAAAAUUAUAACAAUUAAAGCGACACAUGCUGUGCCCUUUACAAGCUUUAUUCAUAGAUUUCAUUCCCAUUUAAAACAAAGUGUUUACUUCCUACAUGAACGUUAUGUCCUUUUUUAAAUGAUUCUGCAUUGUCACACUUAAAUACUAGGUGUCUUGGGUUCAGAGGUGAUUCUCUUCUGAAUGGAUGGACUGACAAAACAUUUAUAAAUACUCAGUAGCGGUUUUAGGCACGGGCCAUACGGGCGAUCGCCCGGGGCGGAAAAAUGACGGAGGGGCGGCGCCAGCGGCUC